UGAAGCUCUGCCAGAAUCAGAAUCACGCUGUCAUAAUCACGCUGUCAUCAUGUCCCACAGCAGCAACCCGCCGCCGCGGCGUCUGUCCUCCGACAGCUGCCCGCCGCCCCUGGACGACGACGCGGACUCCGUGUGCUCCGACGAGCUGCUGGGCUCCGGGUCGCGCCGCUGGCUGGCGGAGCUGCUCAGCCGCGGCGGGGACGCGCCCGACGCGGGCUCGCUGGGCCGGGACGGCCGCUUCGUGGACUGGAACUUCCCCAUGGGGGCGCUGGAGAUGCAGGCGGGGGUCACCUGGAAGCGCCCGCAGGAGCUCUGCGCCUCGCCUCAGUUUAUUGUCGACGGAGCUUCGCGACUGGACAUCCGCCAAGGAAAACUCAGUGACUGCUGGUUCGUCUCCGCUAUCGCGUCUCUGGCGGUGCAUCCGUCUCUGCUGAAGAAGGUGGUUCCUCUAGACCAGAGCUUCCAGGACGGUUACAACGGCUGCUUCACCUUCAGGUUCUGGCAGUACGGCCAGUGGGAGGAGGUGAAGAUCGAUGACCUGCUGCCGACGAAGGACGGGGAACUCAUCUACCUCAGCUCCCCAGAAAGACACGAGUUCUGGAGUGCGCUGCUGGAGAAAGCUUACGCCAAGCUGAAGGGAGGCUACAGAGCUCUGGACCUGGGCUUCCCUCACGAGGCCAUGGUGGACAUGACAGGGGGGGUGGCGGAGGUGUUUAAGAUCGCCUCGCUGCCCAGAAACCUCCCGGACUUCCUCAGACACGUGCUGGGAAAAGGAGCGCUCAUCAACUGUGCUAACAGCCAGGGGCCGAUGGAGAAGAUGAACGAACUGGGGAUCAUGUUCAGACAUGCCUACUCUCUGACUGCAGUAGAAAAGGUGAAGACUGCAUACGGCACUGAAGACUUGGUGCGAGUCCUCAAUCCCUGGGGCAGGACGGAGUGGUUUGGGCCCUGGAGCGACUUGAGAGGUGAGGAGUGGAGGAUGGUGAGCGAGGAGGAACAGCGGCGGCUGGGCAGAGUCAGCCUGGAGGACGGCGAGUUCUGGAUGUCGUUGUCGGACUUCCGCCAGAACUUUGAGGUGAUGGAGGUGUGUCACCUGGCCGAGUCUCUGUGUGACCCGGGUCGCUGCGUGCUGCCGUGGAGCUGCAUCAUGCAUCACGGGACCUGGGUCCCGUUCGUGACGGCAGGGGGAUCUCCGUUCAACCCCCAGUUCUGGCAGAACCCCCAGUUCCACAUCGUCCUGUCAGAGGUGGACAAAGUCUCUGCAAAGGAGCAGAAGACAUGCUCCUUCGUGGCUGCUCUGAUGCAGAAAUACCAGAGACGCAGAGGCAGUCACCUCUCCAUCGCCCUGCACAUAUACCAGGCCCGUCCUCAGAGUAAGUACCUGUCCCCCGAGGACCUGCGUGUGCUGCGCCCCGUCCUCCACAGCCACAGCUACUCCUACCGGCGGGAGGUCGUCCUCCGCGGCGCUCUUCCUCCCGGCCACUACAUCAUCAUCGCCUCCACGGCCGAGCCCAACCAGCAAGGGCAGUUCCUGCUGCGGGUGCUGGCGGAGAAGGGCAACGCUGCCAGUCCAUGCUCCAAGCCGGGACCAGACGAUGUCUCUACAAGACCAGAGCCUCCACCUCAUCAGGCCGUUCUGCCUUCAUCCAAACACAUGAGUUAUCUGUUCAAGAAGCACAGCAACAAGAGGGGAUGCUGCAAACCUCUGGAACUCUACGAGCUUCUGACUGAGGCCAUACGGGGAGGAGUGUUGGCUGGAAGUGAGAAGUACCUGAAUCUGGAGCACUGCAAGAGUCUGGUGGUCCUCGUGGACAGCCAAGGCUUCGCUCAGCUGAACUGGCCUGACUUUCAGAGUCUGUGGGACAAGAUCAGGAGGUGGACGGACAUCUUCCUGACGUUUGACAAGAAUAAAACUCACCAUCUUGAGUACAGAGAGGUCACCCCUGCUCUGAAGGCGGCAGGCAUCAAGACGGAUGAAGUGGUCAUGGACCUGAUUGGACUGAGGUACACAGAGCCCGACCUGACCAUCAGCUACCCCGGAUUCCUGUACCUAGUGAUGAAGCUGGAGAGUAUGAUCCAUAAAUUUCAUUCAUAUGACAUGGCGGGAACAGGAACCGUGACCCUCACCAGCAGACAGUGGCUCCGCAUGACCAUGUACAACUGACCUGACCCGGUUCACCAGGAGCAGCUCUUUCAUCUCUUCAACUCAUCUUGCCAAACCUCAUUUAUCAUGUAGCUGAUCCAUCAUUUCACCUUCCUGUCAUGUGUUUUUGUUGACGCUAAAGUGAAGCAUGACUCAUUGUUAUUUCAGGAUGUAACAGAGACCCGGUGGUUCCAUUACCUUUCAUCCAGUUGUACAAUUAUUAGUUUGACUGGUAAAGAAUCUAUUUUUAAUGUACACACAAAUGCAUUUGUUGUUUUUUGUUUUUUUUUUUAUUAGAAAAGAGUCAAACUACCUGCUUAGACCAUGACUAGGGGUUGAGUAGGAACAUGGAGUGAUCAUUUAGACUAAAUGAAUUCUUUAAGAUGGUGUAAAUUUAAUGUAUGUGUUCAUGUUUAAUUUUGUGGGAUUUGUAUAAAUGGGUUGUCCUCUACGGAAGCGUAUUGUUCGGAAGAGUAUUGCAUUCACUUGAGAAAAAAAAGCUGCUCUGUUUUUCUGAAUUAACGAG